GGGAGGGGAAACCCCGUGCGCGCCGCGCCGCCAUCUUGGGCCCGGGCGGGGAUGGGGGCGCAGCGGAGCCGCCGGAGCUGAGCCCGAGGCAGCGGCGGCCGCAGGCGGGGACCCGCGGGGAGCCACAGCCGCACGGAGCCGCGCCGAGCCGGCCCACCUGGCCCACCUGCCGCCCCACAGCCUGAAGCCGAGCGCCUCAGCGCCCAGCGGGGGGGGGCUCCGCGGCCAGGUGAUGACUCCAAACAGUUGCAUGUUGUUCUGAUUUCUGAGACUGAGAACAGAACUCUCCUGGUUUUUGUGUAUACUGCCCCUAAGCUUAUCUGAUAUCUCUGGAACUUCGUUCCUCUGCUGCCAGGACAGACACGUGGUACAGGUUAGGCUCUUAUAGGAAGAGGAAACUAGGAUAAAUGAAGACAUACAAAUGGAUAAACAACCAUGGCUAAGAGAAUGGACAUCGGAGAAAGUGCUACUGAUGAGGGCAGUGCCACAAUGGCAACUGCACCUUACAACUAUUCCUACAUCUUUAAGUACAUCAUUAUUGGGGACAUGGGUGUAGGAAAGUCCUGUUUGCUUCAUCAAUUCACAGAAAAGAAAUUUAUGGCGGACUGCCCCCACACAAUUGGUGUUGAAUUUGGCACAAGAAUAAUUGAAGUUAGUGGCCAAAAAAUUAAACUACAGAUUUGGGAUACAGCAGGACAAGAGCGAUUCAGGGCUGUCACACGAAGCUACUACAGAGGAGCAGCAGGAGCUCUCAUGGUCUAUGACAUUACCAGAAGAAGUACGUAUAAUCACUUAAGCAGCUGGCUGACAGAUGCAAGGAAUCUCACCAAUCCAAAUACUGUGAUAAUCCUCAUAGGAAAUAAAGCAGAUCUGGAAGCACAGAGAGAUGUUACGUAUGAAGAAGCCAAACAAUUUGCUGAAGAAAAUGGUUUAUUGUUCCUUGAAGCAAGUGCAAAAACUGGAGAGAAUGUUGAAGACGCAUUCCUGGAGGCUGCCAAGAAAAUCUACCAGAAUAUCCAAGAUGGAAGCCUGGAUCUGAAUGCUGCAGAAUCGGGUGUACAGCACAAACCAUCGGCUCCGCAGGGGGGGCGACUAACCAGCGAACCCCAGCCCCAGAGAGAAGGCUGUGGCUGCUAGUGACCUCUGUUUCAUGGCUUCAUUUCUGACCUUUCACCUGUCUGUUGGGAGCAGUGCUUUUGAUUGCUUCCAUGUCUUCUGUACAUCUUAUUGGGUUUAAUUAAAACUGAAACAAGUUUAACACAAUACUAAACUGCUAAACAACUUUAGAUGUAAUCAGGUUAUCAAAGGCAAGUAGAGUAAUAAAACCUCUCCUGCAUGGUAAAUCUAGAAGUUUUUUUUCCUUGAUUGUCCUUGUGAUAGUGUCACAGAUAUGUAAUUUAAACUGAGCACUGAUGCUGGACUCAUGAUUUUACACUUUCGCAGGGCUUUGUCUUGUACGGUUUAAUUUUAUGGUUCUUCAGCCUUUCUUCCCCACCUCUAACUGUGUAGAGCUGUCCAUAGUAAAGGAUAAGUUUUUUGCUGUGAAAUGACUUCUGAUGGUAGAAAGGGGCUCUGUAACGAUGUGCUUGUUGAAAGAAUUCCCUGUGGUGUGCAUGUUGGGGGCAGGGGUGGGCUGGCACAGGAGUGUACAACUUGCACAGGGAAACAAACCAUUCAUUCUUGUGCUCAUAGCUUUACAUCAUUUUUUGCCACUUUUAUCCUCUACAUUUGUUAACAGAACGUAAAUAUGUAUAAAAUUUGAAGGAACUGAGCUAACAGUUAAAUACAUCCUGUGUAUAUGAUUUUAAUGAAGAAAAUGAUUACUGGCAUUAGAACAGUAUAUAAGAAAGUAUCAGUUUGUACAGUAUGACCUAUAUGUGGCCACAUGCCCCCUUAGUGCAGAUAUAGGUGUAACUGCAGUUCACUAACAUAGGCUUAACUCCUCGGUGUUGACAGUGGACAUUGUGCUGGGGGAACUCUAAUCCCACUGCAGAAAUUAACACUAGUGGAAUCUGUCGUUCAUCUUUGCACUGUGGUAUAUCUAUGCCAUUUUAUUAAUCCUGUUCUGUGCAAUCAGCAGUGUGCUAACCUGCUUUCUUCUGUAAGCAUUUUGCAUUAUUGGGCUUCAUUACCUGCCUUGCAUUGUAUACAAAGGCUGGUUCUCUUGCACACCUUAUGCUUUUAUACCUUUAACUUUUUCAAUGGUCAGAUACUGAACUGGACAGUCAAAACAACGUGCUCUCUGGGGAUUUUUAGCUACUGUUGUAUUUUAACAGUACUGUGUGAGGGUUCCUUCUAAGACUUGGGCUUCUUCAGAAGAGAGUACAUCCUUCAUCGGGUGACGCAACCUGUAAUACUUCUGUAAAGGGGAGAUGUCAAGUGGUGACUGUGCACAUGUGGAUUUUGUAGAACUGCAUGUGGGGUUUACUAUGUUGUCAGAAUUAAAUGUGUUGCUCUCGAUGCAGUACUGUAUUUCACAUGCAGCUUCACUUGGAAAACAUCAAAUACGGCUUCAAAAUGGAAGGGGGUAAGUGUUCAAAUGUCCAACCUCUAGUCUUACUGCAGUGUUUAAAAUACAAAGUAGUCUUAAAAUCUCUCUCUAGACACUAAAACUAUACAAUGUUCAGACUUGUAAGUCAACAGUGGUACCAGAGUAUUGUACAGUCAAUGUUAAAUAAAAGCCAAAACUGGAAUGUGCAAACAAUAGGAUUUGGGUAACUUGUGCACUGUCCCUUUGUUUUGUCUGGUAGUCUUUUUUUUUCUUAAACUAAUAUUCUUAAAUAGAUGGCUAUGUUCAAAUCUACAGCUAAAGUGUCCUGCUUAAACCAAGGUUGCACCACAAAGGGUUUGCCCAGGGACCAUGACCUGCUGCUGACAUGAAGUUUGGAAGUAAAUGUUCUAAUGACUACAGCUUGUUGAGGUGCAAUACCUGUAUUCCCAGAAAAAGUUACAGUAGGUCUUAUUGUUUCUGUCACAGAAAGGAUUUGUUUGGACUGCUGUACUCCUCAUUUGAUGUAACAAUGCUAUUAAUCUAAAUAUUUGUAAAUAAAGUACCUGUAUCUAGAUAAA